AUGGUAGAGUUGAAUCUUUGUACUCUCCCCAACUUCACGAGCAUUUAUCCUGACAACGGUAAUCCAUGUGCGAUACAAUCCUUAUUGAACAAAAAGGUUGUGAUACCUAAGUUGGAGAAACUACGUAUUCAUGAUAUGCCAAACUUGAAGCAAAUAUGGCCGUGUGAGAUUUCAACUGACGAGAAAAACAAUGUUUCCAUGUUGAGAAUGAUCAUUGUGGAAAGGUGUUCAGGCCUUAUCAAUCUUUUUCCAAGCAACCCACUGCCAACGCUGCACAUUUUAGAAGAGCUUGAAGUUUCAAAUUGUGGUUCCAUUGAAGUAAUAUUCAACAUCGACUUUGAAAAUGUUAGUGAAAUGGAGGGAUACAUUAGCAGAUUAAGAAGCAUUGACGUUCGUGAUUCGGAAAAUUUGAAAGAGUUGUGGAGGAUGAGAGGUGUAAAUAACUCUAAUAUCCUCAUCAAUGGCUUUCAAGCUGUACAAAGCAUUUUUGUAAGUGGUUGCAAGAGGUUUAAAAAUGUAUUUACACCGGUCACAGCCAAUUUUGAUCUCAGUUCACUUACUUCCUACAUUGCUAAAAAGAUUAAUGUCAUGUCAGAAGUGGAUGAUAACAUUCCAGAUGUCACAUACCCAUCUUAUCUUAUGCACACCUGUCAUCACCUUCAAUGGCUUGAUUUAUCGGGAGAUGAAAGAGUGGGUGAGGUGGUGUUUGAGAUGGAUAGUCCAAGUAGUAGACAAUUAGCAACAAUUCAACCGCCACUACUGCUCCUCUACCUUCAAAGUAUAAGCCUAUUUGAGUUACAUAAGAUGAGUCAUGUGUGGAUGUGCAAUUGGAAUAAAUUCUUAAUUCGUCAUCAUCCACCUUUGCAAUUUCCAUUCCAAAACCUCACACACAUUUCCUUGGAUUCUUGUUACAAUAUAAAGAACUUGUUUUCUCCUCUUAUGGCAAAAUAUUUAUCCAACUUAAAGAGUGUCCAUAUCAGUCGGUGUAAUGGUUUGGAAGAAGUUAUUUCAAGAAGAGAUGAUGAAAACACUACAUCUGCAUCUUCUUAUCAAGACACCGCAUACUUUCCUCAUUUGGACACUCUGGAGCUUCAAUAUCUCCCAUGUCUAAAGAGUGUUGAUGAUGGUGGUAGGACGUGUAGGAGUGACAAACUUUCCUCCAAUAUGUUUCAUGAUGAGUUCCAGAGUGGUCAAGUAAUCGGUGCUUGUUGGUCACUAUGCCAAUACCCCAAAACAAUAUCCAUAUGGUCCUGUGAAGCAUUGUCAAGUCUAAUUCCAUGGUAUGCAGUCGGACAAAUGAAAAGGCUUCAAGAGCUGGAAAUUCAUUAUUCUAGUAGGAUGAGAGAGGUAUUUGAAAGUGAAUCUAGUAGUAAUAAUGUUGAUGAAGGAGGUGCACGUGUUUUUGGUGGUCCACCACUAAAAAACGUUGGUCUCCCUCAACUCUCCAACUUAAAAAAAGUGAGUAUCGCAGGAUGUGACCUUCUAUCAUAUAUAUUCACAUUCUCCACCCUUGAAAGCCUCAAGCAACUCAAAGAGUUGAUAGUAAGUAGAUGCAACGCAAUACAAGUGAUUGUGAAAGAAGAAAAAGAAACAUCAUCCAAAGGUGUGGUGUUUCCUCGUCUGGGGAUACUUGAACUUGAGGAUCUACCAAAGCUCAAGGGUUUCUUCUUGGGGAUGAAUCACUUCCGAUGGCCCUCAUUGGUUAUUGUGAAGAUCAAUGAAUGCCCUGAACUGAUGAUGUUUACAUCUGGUCAGUCAACAACUCCAAAGCUCAAGUACAUAGAAACAAGUUUUGGCAAAUAUAGUCCUGAAUGUGGCUUUAACUUUCAUGAAACUAUCAGUCAGACCACAUUCCUAGCUUCUUCAGAGCCUACUAUUUCAAAAGGAGUCCCUUGCUCUUUUCAUAAUCUGAUAGAAAUUAAUAUAGAGUGGAGUAAUGUUGGAAAGACUAUUGUACCAUGUAAUGCUCUGCUACAAUUGGAAAAGCUUCAACAGAUUACUAUAUAUGAAUGUGCUGGGCUAGAAGAGGUAUUUGAAGUAGGAGCAUUGGAAGGAACAAAUAAAUCACAAACUCUUGUCCAAAUUCCAAACCUAAGACAAGUCAAGUUAGCUAAUGUAGGGGAUCUCAAGUAUCUAUGGAAGAGCAAUCAGUGGAUGGUACUGGAAUUUCCAAACCUAAUAACUCUCUCUAUUGACAAAUGCAAUCGUUUGGAACAUGUUUUUACAUGUUCCAUGGUUAACAGCCUAGUGCAACUCCAAGACCUAAGUAUAGGGCGGUGCAAGAAUAUGGAGGUAAUUGUGAAGGUGGAAGAAGAAAAAUGUGAUGCCAAAGUGAAUGAGUUACCUUGUCUAAAGUCCUUAAAACUAGGCGAACUUCCAAGUUUCAAGGGAUUUUGCUUGGGGAAGGAGGCUUUCUCAUUGCCAAAGUUGAAAACUUUACAAAUAAAAGAAUGCCGAGCAAUUACAGCUUUCACCAAGGGACACGUGUCUACCCCUGAGCUCAAAGUAAUAGAUACAAGUUUUGGGUUUUGUUAUGUAAAGACAGAAAUCAACUCGCUUUUAAAGACCAAACGAGAGGAGGUACUGUUGUUCCUUUCUUUAAUGAUUCUUGAAAAGGCUCAAUAA